CUUUGCGGAGGAGGGACAUUUUAACUUUCAAUUUCGAUUUAAUGCAGGAAAACAUGGAGUCCGCCUGAUGUGUGAUUGUACAAUUGAUUUGGUAAAGCAAACGCGCCGAAACAGUUUUAGAGCUGGAAAUAAGGUUUCCAGCAACAAGAAAACGAUAUAAAACCGGAACUGCUCGACUGGACGCUUCGGUUUACGCCCGGUGUCGCCUUCACGUCCCUGGCGGACAGACCUGUCGUUGUUGUCGUUACGGACUCUCUGUAGGCCCUCAGCAUGCUAGAAGAAACGGGACCAGAGUGGUUGUCUGAGGAGGUGAAAACCGGAACAACCAUCAUUGCCAUCGAGUUUAAUGGAGGAGUCGUGCUCGGGUCUGAUUCCCGAGUGUCUGCUGGGGCAUCAGUGGUGAACAGGGUGAUGAACAAGCUGUCUCCCCUCCAUGACAAGAUCUACUGCGCUCUGUCAGGAUCUGCAGCAGACGCUCAAACCAUCGCUGAGAUCGUCAACUACCAGCUAGAUGUGCACAGUAUUGAGAUAGGUGAGGACCCCCAGGUUCGCUCAGCUGCCACUCUGGUGAGGAACAUCUCGUACAAGUACAAGGAGGAGCUGUCAGCGCAUCUCAUCGUGGCCGGCUGGGACAGAAGAGAUGGAGGACAGGUGUUUGCAACCCUGAAUGGUCUCCUGACGAGGCAACCCUUUGCAGUUGGUGGCUCUGGCAGCUCGUAUGUUUACGGGUUUGUUGAUGCCGAGUAUCGCAAGGGCAUGAGCCGGGAGGAGUGCCAGCAGUUUGUUGUCAACACUCUCUCUUUGGCAAUGAGCCGCGAUGGCUCCAGUGGCGGUGUGGCCUACAUCGUCACCAUUGAUGAACACAGCACAGAGGAGAAAGUCAUUCUAGGAAAUGACUUACCCACCUUCUAUGAUCAGUGAUUAAUAUCUAGAUUUUUCAUCCCUAUUCUGCCCAGACACUGUUGUGCAGGAUGCCAUUAGGUAUUUGUUUUGCUCACAAAAGCCAUCACACACACACUUUUUGUCUGAGCUGUAAAAGUUGUCUACUGUCAAGUAAUUCACUUUGUAAUCUAAAAAGUCUGGACAAGAAUACUUUCACUAAUAGUUUUAAUAAAAGCACAAAAUCCUU